AUGGUUGCCGAUAAUAAAUUCGCCUCGAACGACGGGGUCAGUACCUCCAAAAGCACUACAACAAUAACCCCAACUUUCGCACCAGAUAUCUUGCCAAGGCAAGCUAGACCAACUCCAAAGAAGCAGUUUUUUAUUUUUGGCUACAAUAUUGCACACUCAUUAUCUCCAGCCCUUCACAACGCGGGAUUCGAGGCACUCAAUCUACAACACCACUACCAAAUCCACGAGAGCGAAAACGUUGACGAGACGGUCGAGCAAAUCAUCCAACGUCCAGACUUUGGCGGGGCUUCAGUCACCUUUCCACACAAACUACAAAUUGGCAGACUCUUGGAUUCAAUCUCGCCGCGAGGAGAGAGCAUUGGGGCAAUAAAUACAGUCGUUGUCCAUGAGUCAAAUGGACGCAGGACACUCCACGGGGAUAACACUGAUUGGAUUGGCAUCAAAAGGUGUAUCAUGAAGUCUGGACGUCGCGAUUUUACCAGAUCCUCGGCCGUGGUUCUUGGGGCCGGAGGCGCAGCUAGAGCAGCCUGUUAUGCUAUCCAGGCUCUUGGCUUCCAGGAUUUAAUCGUUGUCAAUAGAACCUUGUCCAAAGCUCAAGAGCUAGCCUCAAGAUUUACCGACUUGAAAUCUCGUGCGCUCUCAACACUGGAGGAGGCGGAUGCUCUAAAGGAUGCCGAUAUUCGACUCGUUGUUGCCUGUGUGCCGGCUGACGAUUUGGGAGAGGAUAAAAUCCCUAGUGGUCUAUUCUCCAAGGCGGGAGACGGGGUUUUGGUCGAAAUGGCGUAUAGGCCUCAGGUGACAGGUAUGAUGAAGGUUGCUGCUAGGUGCCCAGAGUGGAAAGUGUAUAGGGGAGUAGACGUUUUGGAGGAACAGGCAUAUGCACAGUUCGAGUUGUGGACAGGACAGCAGGCACCAGUAGAGGUAAUGCGGGAUGCGAUGCAGCUGAAGAUUAAGGGAAAUAUUUAA